UUGGCUCAAGGGUCAGGAGGGCAGGUUCGGGCAGCAGGUUCGAUCCCUUGGCGCCAUGUCCAAGCUGAACAUCGACAACUUGAAGAAGGGCAUCGUUCAGAUUCUGGAUGGCAGCAAGGAGAAGCAGCGAAAGUUUCUUGAAACCGUGGAACUGCAGAUCGGUCUGAAGGAUUACGACACUCAGCGAGACAAGCGAUUUGCUGGCACCAUCAAGCUUCCCAACGUUCCUCGACCAAGAUUGAAGGUGUGCGUGCUCGGCGAUGCAGUGCACUGCGAACAGGCGCAGCGAGCCAACGUCCCCUUCAAGAGCGUGGAGGACCUUAAGAAGCUGAACAAGAACAAGAAGAUGGUGAAAAAGUUGGCUGACUCCUUCGAUGCUUUCUUGGCAUCGCAGGUCUUGAUCCCUCAGAUUCCCCGUUUGUUGGGACCUGGCCUCAACAAGGCCGGCAAGUUCCCUACCCUGGUGCAACACAGUGACAACCUUGAGACCAAGGUGACGGAAGUGCGAAGCCAGGUGAAGUUUCAGUUGAAGAAGGUGCUGUGCAUGGGUGUUGCUAUGGGCAACGUCGGCAUGACACCCGACGAGCUCAGGCAGAACUGCUUGAUGGCAAUCAACUUCUUGGUGUCGCUCCUGAAGAAGAAUUGGAACAACGUGAAGAGACUGCACAUCAAGAGCACCAUGGGGAAACCCUUCACCAUCUACGGCUGAUGCUACAGUGGACAACUGAUAUACCUGCCUUCGCUGUC